UUGAUGACGUCACAUGGCGGCAAUGGCGGCGUCGUGAAGGUGGGCACAUCCGGUGGAAUACACCACAAGGUGAAAGCUCUCCCAGCUUCCUUGUUGCCCAACUUUCGGAAGUGAACGUUCAGACCUAGUCUUUGUCGAAUGGUCGUGAGAAUUUUCGAUCCAGGAAACUACUUUCAAAGGAUCACCCUUGGGCUGAAUUGUCUUGAUUGAACGGCAGAACGCCGUGGGUGCGGUGAUUUGGAAACAAACUAGCGUCAAUUUCUCAAUCAUUCAACAGUUUUUGAAUUACAAUCGUUCUGUAUCAUCUCAGAUCAUUGAAUUGACGUGAAACGAUUAUUGCCGAUCGUCGUACUUCAGUAUGAGUGAACAAUCCAUCGCCCAGGCACGGGCAUCUGUAAUGCUCUACAAUAAUGACAGAAAAGAAUGGGAACACUCUGGUGGAUCAUCAGGAAUCUCUAGAGUUCAUGUUUAUCAUCAUCCAAUCAACAAUACAUACAGAAUAGUUGGCAGAAAAUUACAGGAUCAUACAGUUGUUAUAAACUGUGCUUUAGCAAAAGGAUUGAAAUACAAUGAGGCUACUCCAACUUUUCAUCAGUGGAGAGAUCAGAGACAGGUGUAUGGUUUAAAUUUUGCAAGCAAAGAAGAUGCACAAGUUUUUGGGUCAGCUGUGACCACUGCUUUGGAAAACCUUAGGAGUGGGGGCACUGCUGGAAUUCCACACCAGCCUCCCAUGGUGCACCAACAACAGCCACAGCAUACAAACAGUAACAGAGGUAUUGAUCAUGAUGAAAUGGUCAAUCGAGACCCCUCUCACUUUGAUGGACAUGACCAGUAUUCACGUGGUAGGGUCCCCUCAGAUAACAGAUCUUACCGCCCUCAGUAUGAUGCGCCUCAUGAGACAGAAAGCCCUAAUUCAAGCACUAUUUCCUUGUCAACAUCUUCUGCACCACAGUCACCACCACAAAAUGUACCCCAAGCACCCCCUGUCCCAGCAGCUCCACCUGCUCCCCCAGCACCCCCUGCCCCACCUGCUCCUCCGGCAGCUCCUCCUCCUCCUGGUGGGGGACCUCCUGCACCUCCUCCUCCUCCUCCUACACCUAGUGGAGGUGGAGGUGGUGGCUCAUUAGCAGAUCAGAUUGCAGCAGCAAAAUUGAAGAAGGCUGCCAAGGCUGAAAGUGAAGGUCCAAGAACUGAACGAGCUAAUUCAACAAGUCGUGGCAACAAGUCCAUCGGUGGAGGAAUGGACAUGAUGGCAGAAAUGCAAAGAAAGUUGGCUGCAAGGAAAGCCAAAGAAGAGGGAAGAGAAAUCGAACCUGUCAGAGAAGAAACCGAGGCAAGAACAGAAAGAGCACCUGCUGCACCACGCACCACUGUAAGCAAUCCGCCACCAGCUCCGACAUUUGGAAACAACAAUAUUAAAACAAACUUCCUGUCAACAGCUAAACCAACAAGUAAUGGUGCCAGAAAAAACAGCAAGACAGAAUCACCCUUGAGUAAUGAGCAGCUGGAAGAAUUAAAAUCGGAAUUACUUGCUGAAUUUAGACAAGAAUUGGAUGCUGCUAAGAGAGAGAUAAUUGAAGCUGUAAGACAAGAAAUUGCUCGCCUUCGGUGAGUGGGCAUGGAACUAUGUAAUGACUCAAUUCAGAAGUCACCGAAUAAAUGGAAAACCUCUGAUUAAUGAAAUGAAUAACUCCAAGUGUUUAUUCCUUUUCCUGACAUCAUGAAAACGAUUUGGGAUAUAAAUGUGAAUAUGCAUAGUUGGCUCUUAAAGUAGUGUUAAUUGGUAAAUGAACUAUUGACUUGUGGAGGCAUGGUAUACCAUAACCCUUCUCACCAAAUGGACAGUAUACCAUAACCCUUCUCACCAAAUGGACAGUUUUAAAUAAUAGGGUUCAUUAGACGCUUAGUGAAUUUGUAAUAAAUAUUGCAUGAAUGCCAUGUGAUAAUUAAUCAUCAGGACAAAGCUGUGCAAACAUGAUUACCAGUAGUUCUCAUCCAGGUUUAAUUGUUGCGGUGACACCUUGUGUUUGUAUCUAGUUAUAACAGAAUUAACAUAAGAUACAAUGAAUAUAUGAAGAAUUAACAUAAAUUGGCUUUGAAUAAUAAUGCUGAGGUUACACAUUACGUCAAGAGUGGAGAGUUCGUAAUGUUUGAUUUAUGUGUUUUAGGGAAUUCAUGUGCUCCAUAAUUCUUUUUUUUUUUUUUCUCGAAAUCUGAAGCAUAACAUUAAAUGGUAUUUUUAUGAAUGCUGACCACUUAAACAUUAGCAAGGAAAAGACUGUAAUUCUAAUGAUUUAGACUGUGCUUGUGUAAGGAAUAAAACAAAAUGACCUCCUUGGUAUUUCAUGAAAAUUUUGCAGGAUUUAGUUCUUGCUGAUUUUGCGGAUAGUCCUUAAUUCAGAAAACCUUAGAAGAAACAUCCUGCAAUUAACUUCCUCAAAAUCUACUACUUGCUUCAAAUAGUAAAAUCAGAUUAUUUUCCAUGUCAAUUUUCUGUUGCUGAAACAGAAAAUCACUACAUUGUAGUGAAACAGAAAAUCACUACAUUGCUGAAACAGAAAAUCACUACAUUGUAUCUAGUUAUAACAGAAUUAACAUAAGAUACAAUGAAUAUAUGAAGAAUUAACAUAAAUUGGCUUUGAAUAAUUACACAUUACUUCAAGAGUGGAGAGUUCGUAAUGUUUGAUUUAUGUGUUUUAGGGAAUUCGUGUGCUCCAUAAUUCUUUUUUUUUUUUUUUUUCUUCUCGAAAUCUGAACCAAGGGAAAUUUCAGUCAUCUAGAAUGGCAAAUAUAUGUUCUGAAGAACACAAAGAAUCACCAGUCUGCAAACUAAAACUUUUUCAAAAUUUUCACGAAAAGUGCACAAUAACAUAAUGGAAUAAUAUCAUAAUGGUGAUUGUGUGUAGAAUGUACUUCAGGGGUAUCAAUUAUAACAGUGACUGGAAGGUACAAAGGGGGCUUAGCUUGAGCCUGUGUUGGAGACUUAAUGCACCACAGGUGUUCUUAAAAAGUGAGACUCCGGAACUUAAAGCAAGAAUAAACAAUUAUAUCAAAUUAUUAGCACUGUUACAUCAAUUUGUGCUGUGUGUCAACCACAGUAUGUCCUUGCAAAACGUUUCCUUCAGACACUAAAGAAAGGCAUUCCCCAGAUGGUAUGGAUAGGGGAGUCUCAGAUAUGCUUACAGAUAGCAGAAAUUCAAAGUGCCCCUGGUAUUUGCAGCUUCUUGUCACUUUUGUAUCAAGUUACAUCCUUAAUGUCAUAUUCUUUCAAAUAGGCUAGAUUAUUUUCAUGAUUGAUUCUCUAAAAUUAUUUUUCCAUAGCAUUGCCUUUGUCAAGGCUUUUACAGAUUGGUCAUGGUAGAUAAGGAAAUUUUUACAGAAUGCAGUGAAAUGGUGAAGAUUGUAUCAGAACAAACCCAGAAUCAGUCAUUUCUAAGCCAUUCUAAAACAGUUUGAGUUUGUCAUGUGGAUUCUAGGCUAUUAUGCACUUUAUUCCAGGUAGUUCUGUCAUCUUGUGUUUAGUGAUACCUGUGAGAUGAUCAUAACCAACUUUGUUGAGUGAAUUAGGCGUUACUGUUGAACACCGUAUUAUCUUAAUGUGUGGUGUAAAGAAGACAGCAAAGAUACAUGUAAUCCAACUGCUCAUAAUCUAACCUUGUUUUUAAGUUUCAGUUGAGUUUAGCAGCUUAGUAUAUUAAAUCCCUCCUGUAUAUGAAAAUUAAUUAUUCACUGCUGCAAUUUGUUCACAUGAAGGAGUAAAAUUGGAAUGAAAUUUGUUGUUUGACUCCUGGAAGCUCUGUGUUUUAUUUCAUCUCUCACUUUUAAGUGAAAGGUGGCACAAACUUCCCAGCAAAGUGAGAGAGGAAAUGAUGAUUGCUACUCUAUGGGGGUACUUUCAUAAUUCUUUCUGACUGAUAAAAUUCCAUUUAAUUAAUUAAACACCCUAACAUCAGUAUGCAUAUUCUCUAAACUGUUCUCCAUACAUUUCCUGAGGUGUUGAUUAGGAGAAUUUGUAAUACAAUAAAGAACUUUAUUUA